AUGUAUUCUAAUAGAUUCCCUGUGUCUUUCAGACUGACCUCAGGUGAAUUGUCCAUCGAAGUGAAGCUGAAUGAUUACCUGGACAUCUACUGCCCUUAUUAUCCGGAGCAGGAGAGCGGAGGCCCCCAGCACCAGCAGCUGCACCAGCAGCAGCCCGAGACCCUGGCCCUCUACCUGAUCGGACAGCCAUCGUUCCAGGGCUGUGUGGAGACAAGAGGGUCCAUCAAGAGGUGGGAGUGCAACACCCCUUACGCGCCCUUCGGUCCUGUGCGGUUUUCAGAGAAGAUCCAACGCUUCACGCCCUUCUCCCUGGGCUUUGAGUUCCUGCCAGGACACCACUACUACUACAGCUCUUUGCCCUCAGACGAAGGCCCCCCCCUCCCCUGCAUGAAGUUGCGUGUGACCGUUUGCUGCGAGUCCACUGUGGAGGGCUCCAAGCAGAAACAAGACCCAGUUCGUCACAACGGAGCUCCCUCACUCAGCACAUCUCUGCUCCUGCUCCUGCUUCCUGUCCUCCUGCUGACCACAUGA